UCCUGUUUUUUUUUUCUCUCUAGCUACCUUCUGUCCCGCUAACUGACCUGUUGAGCUCAACCCAACUAGCCGAGGCAGAUGGCCGCCCCACAGUUUUUUUUUUUACAGUUGGUGAGUUGUUGUUUUUUUUUUUCUUGCCUCUGUUACCAACUGCUUGCGCGUGCGGGGUUGUUUUGUCAUUGCAGUCACUCUUUAAAGCGUGCCAGUGACAUCAUUCGACACAACAGACAAUGACAACGGCAAUUCAUCGAUGAUGAUAAGUGAUGUCAACGCCUUUCCCGGGCUCUGCCGUAUUCCUUAAAAGUUCUCUUUCUCCAUCCAGCCAUUCCCUGAACGGCUUUUCCUUCAAAAGUCCAUUUUGGAAUCACGCGUGUCAGGAAAACAAAAUGAGCAUCAUCAAAUGUUCAUCGAUAAAAUCAAAUAUUGAACCAGCUGACAUCGUUUGAAUUGAAGAGGGUCGUGUCCGCAAGCCUUGCCGCCUGCUCUGCUCCGGGCUUCUUGACUCCAGCUGAGAGGCUGCAGCGGAGGAGCCGGCGCGUGGCGCGGCACGGCGGGUAAAGCCAAAUGGCGCUGCACUUGCUUAUCAGCUGCUGCUAUUUGCAGCAAUGCCCGAGGCUGUAACCGUGACAGCUUGUGUGUAUGCUGACCGCUGCUCAAUGGGCCAAAACAGUGAACACGUCAUGUCUGGGCAGAAGGAUGCUAACUGGAUGGCAGACUGCACAGAACAGAUGACUGAGAAACUCAAGAGAGCCGAGCGCACGUGCUCGGCCCGUCCUUAACCACGCCCCGCCGGCGACGUCACCGCGUCCGAGUCUCCGCGGUGCUCUGCGGCGAGAGGACGGCGCCGCACUGCUCACUCAACGAGCGCGCGACGGGGCGAGGCGACGGUGCCCGUGUGGCCCUCAUCCGUCACCGCGAUGGGACCGAGCACCGCGUUCUUUGUGAGACAAGCCCUCAUCCCCGACUCCCUUCAGCCGCUCCAUCCGGGGACCCGGACUAGAAAACACCGCAGCUGAGCGGCUCUCCUCCUCCACUGAGGAGAAGGAUGACGAGCGGAGACACCCAGAGAUGAGAAGUGUUGAUCUUGUCAGCUUGGGCAAGGACGUUUGCUUGAGCCUCAUCUGAGUCCCGCACAUCUACACCAUGUCCGCCAUGUACAUUUCUGCAGUGGUCCUGUGGACAUUGGCGGUGGAAAUCUCAGCGCGGGUUUUGAACACAACUCACCCGGCUGACCUGCCCUUCCUCUCCCCCCGCCAUUAUCAAUACAAAGACCCCGAGUCUGGCUCCCGGUUGGUCUGCGACAAGUGCCCGGCCGGCACCUACGUGUCUGCGCACUGUUCCUUAACCGCUGUUAGGGAGUGCAGCCCCUGCCCCGAAGGUACUUUCACGCGAGGCGAAAACGGCGUGGCGCAAUGCCAUCGCUGUCGAGCUCCGUGUCCCGCGGGCCUGAUGGAGAAAGUCCCCUGCACUAGCUCCCAGGACCGCGUGUGCACCUGCCCUCCAAACAGCUUCCUGUUAGCGGAAGGUAGCACCAAGUGUCAGCCCCAUUCUCUGUGCCCUCCCGGGACGAGGGUGAAAAAGCGGGGUAGCGAAACAGAAGAUGUUAUUUGUAAGGCGUGCACCAAAGGAACUUUCUCCGACGCGGAGUCGAAUGCGCUCAAGUGCCGAGCCCACGCGGACUGCCGAGCUCAGGGGUUGACGCUGCUCAUCGUGGGGACGAGAAAGACCGAUAAUCUGUGUGGAGCGCUGCCGACAGCCCCCUCACCUGCAUCCAACUCCGCGACCGCUGCACGAAGACAGGACCCGGCGACAUCGGAAUCUUCCUCGUCGCCAUUAGGUCGUGAAGGCAUCAACGGCCGUUCGGCUGCUAUUCAACUGAGGGAAACUCAAGACGGGAAACUCGGGGCUGAAAUUCGCACUCGUGCGCCGAGCGCCGAUCCGGCCAUCCGUGACCGCUCUCGGGCUUCGCCGCCCGCAGUCACCAAACAGCUGCCGCGUCGCGAGCAAUCGUGGGAUGAAGCGAAUUCUUACCCUCUGCGUGUCCCUAAUAAGCGGACAAUAGAGGGACUCGAGGGGUCAGAGGUCGGCGUUGGGAUGGGAAUCGGGAAGAUUCCCGUGCAGCCGAACCGAGACCGAGUUUACAAUCCUAACCGACCCAUUCGACGAGGAUCCCCGCGGCCCAGCGCUCCCGAUCGCUUCGAUAUCAACGAACACCUCCCCUGGAUGAUCGUCCUGCUGCUCCUGCUUGCGCUGGUGGUGAUUGUGAUGUGCAGUGUGAAACGGAGUUCCCGCGUACUGAAGAAAGGCCCCGCGCAGGACCCGAGCAGUAUCGUGGAAAGGGCAAUUCAGAAGAAACCGCCGCUGCCCCCCGCGCACGUCAAAGAGAAGUGGAUCUAUUACUCCAACGGACAAGGAGUGGACAUUCUAAAAGCGGUUGCGGCUCAGGUGGGCCCCCAGUGGGUUGACCUUUAUCAGUCGCUGGCCAACGCCACCGAGCGGGAAGUGGCGGCCUUCUGCAGCGGCUACUCGUCGGAUCGCGAGCGGGCGUACGCCGCGCUGCAGCACUGGACCAUUCGGGACCGGGACGCCAAUCUGGCCAAGCUGAUCAACGCCUUGCACCGUCAGCGCCGCAUUGACGUGGUGGAGAAGAUCAGACUGGUCAUGGAGGACGACCCGCAGUUUGACAUCAACCAGCUGAUGACGUCGGUGAAUGUAAGCCAAAGCCUCAGUCCCAUUCACAAGCCUCCGGAGUCUCCCAGCAGCAGCGGCGGCAGCGCCGCGGGCUCCGAGCAGUCGCCGGUGGACCGGACCAAGAGCUUCUUCCACGAUGAGUCGGAACCGCUGCUCCGUUGCGACUCCACCUCCAGCAAAGACUCGGCUCUUAGUAGGAACGGCUCGUUCAUCACGAAAGAGAAGAAAGACACGGUGCUGCGGCAAGUCCGCCUCGACCCGUGUGACCUGCAACCCAUCUUUGACGACAUGCUGCACAUCCUGAACCCCGAGGAGCUGCGCGUCAUCGAGGAGAUCCCCGCCGCCGAGGACAAGUUGGACCGGCUUUUUGAGAUCGCCGGAGUCAAAAGUCAGGAGGCCAGCCAGACGCUGUUGGACUCGGUCUACGGCCACCUCCCCGACCUUUUGUAGGAAAAGAAGACGCGCGGGAGGAGACGAGAAGGUCUUCGCAUUUCACUCAAGAAAAUCCGGUACCGUUCAAAUUGAGCACAAUUGUGACCCGUCGUUAACUUUAUGCACGUGGUUGUAAAUGAGUCCGUUAUCUCGGCUCAGUCAUUUUCACCUUUCCUCUUCCUCCUAUUCUCUAUUGUGUCUUCUCUGUCAUUCCUUCAUCCACCCUGACACGGGAGGGGGAAGCAAAGUCCGUACUUGGUGUCUCCCAACCAAAUGCAUUCGAUAAGGUCUGAGUUUUAUAACGAAACGAAACUUGUUGAACGAGCCGUUGCUCCAUGAAAAGCAUCCAUCUCCAAGUUUUGUUUCAAAUUCAUGCUUUGGUGAUUGAUUCCAUAUUGGUUUGUCAUUUGGAGGUCCAUGUUUUUCAUUGUAACGGGGCAAUGUGUUGGAUUUUAUCGCAUCAUGAAAUGUGCACCCCUUUGUGGAUCGGACCGGAUUCCCUGGCUUCUGGUCUGACAACAAAAUCCCAUAAACUGGAAAAAAAAUUGCUUUAACUUUAAACAAGUCAGUAAACCGGUAUUGUUCUUGUUCUUUUU